CUGAUCUUCCACUGCCUGUGCCCCAUAUAAAGGCUGGCGUGAUUGCUGAUCUCAGCUAGUCUGACAGUCUCUCCCUCUCUCCCUCCUCUCUCUGUCUGUCUCCAUCUCUUCUCUUCCUCACUGGUCUCUUAAGCCUGCUGCAUCACAGGAGCUAUCCAGUGCUGAACAGGAUCGCUUUUAUUUUUUAUUUUUUUUAUUUUUUCCACAGGAAGCUGGGGGAACCAGAGAGCAUCACUCAGCAUUGCCAUCAGCUUUGUUCAACACUGGUUUCCAUUUUCUUUCUUGUCUUAUGUUUUUGACCACAUCAUCCACCAGGAUUACCGUCAAGCCUGCUCUGCAUCCUCUGAGGGUCUUUUAUUUUCUCUCAUGUGUUUUUCUCAGCUCUGUGUUUCCAUCCAUUGAAACAUGCCCCGCUCAUUUUUAGUGAAAAAGAUCAAACUUGACGAUUUUUCUUCGUCCAAUGUGGCCACCUCCAAUCAUCACAGCCACCUGGACGACUCGUUUACUUUUGCUCGCUCCAUCACAGACUCGGUAACCAGCCUUGGGGUCCGUCUCAGUGAGAAUGGAUACAUCCAGGAUUACAUCACGCCAUCUGUAUACCAGGGGGAGAAGAAGAUGGAGCAAAAGCUGGCUUCGCCGGUGUCAGACCCCCUGUACACCCAGGUGAACAGUGGAGGCGAGUACUGUGACCCCGACCUGAAACACCCUGACAGCCCACAGUCUGGCAUGACAGCGAGCGGCUUCUACACUGGUGAAUCGGAGGCUCUGGCCGAGGGUUACACCAUGGAUGCCUUCUUCAUCUCCGACGGGCGCUCCAGGCGAAAAGGAGACGGGGAGGCUCAUGGGGCAAGCUCAAGAAGCAGCAGCGCAAAUGGUGGGGCUCAGGAGAGGGGAGCCGGCGUGCCACGCCAUACCUGUAACGAGUGCGGAAAGACAUACGCCACCUCCUCCAACCUGAGCAGACACAAGCAGACGCACCGCAGCCUGGACAGCAAGAUGGCCCGCAAAUGUCCCACCUGUGGCAAAGUGUAUGUGUCAAUGCCCGCGUUGGCAAUGCACAUCCUCACCCACGACCUCAAGCACAAGUGCGACGUGUGCAGCAAGGCCUUCAGUCGGCCCUGGCUGCUGCAAGGUCACAUGCGCUCACACACGGGGGAGAAGCCCUUCGCCUGCGCCCAUUGUGGCAAAGCCUUUGCUGACCGUUCAAACCUCCGCGCCCACAUGCAAACACACUCUGCCUUCAAGCACUACAGAUGCAAGCGCUGCAAUAAGACCUUCGCUCUCAAGUCCUACCUGAACAAGCACUAUGAGUCAGCUUGCUUCAAGGGCUCAGCAGACGAGGACGACUCUGGAUCAGAAAACUGACCGUGAGGAAGAAGCUAAAUUUUUUGAACCCCUGUUGUAGGUUCACAACAGUAACCCUGUUCACUCAGCCCUCCAUGCCUUUUUUCUUCCCUUUUUUUAGAAAGCAAUAUUUUCACUAAGAUUACGUGAAGAAACUUUACUGAAUUAUGGCAAAGACAAUUUCAAAAGAUGCUGGAUUUUGUUUCCCCGCACAGUAGCUAAUCGUCCACAGAAACAUACAAUCAGACAACCUUCCUCAAAAUAGAGACUUUAGAUGAUAGUUGUACACACACACACACACACACACACACACACACACACACACACACACACACACACACACACACACACACACACACACACACACACACACACACACACACACACACACACACACACACAAUUAUAUAUGAGGCCUGGCAUGUGAAUUUUUAUCAAUGACUAUAAUGAUAUUGAUAUCAAUAGUAAUAUUUAGAUUCCUGAUAUUUUAUAGGAAAUAGUAACGAGAAAAAGAAAAAAAAACAUAAAAAGGACUAACAGUGUUCUUUUGUUUUCUAGAGACAAAAUGACCUCUUGUAUUUUUAUGCUGCUUUUUAUUUGCUAAGAAUUGAAUUCUUUUGCAACUGCCAACAUAAACUUUUUACAAAAAUGUGAACUAUGACAGUAUUUGCAAAAAAAGGAGAUCAUUUUAAAAGGUAAAAAAACAACCCCCCCCCCCACCACCCCCACUGUUGUUACACCAACAUUUUAAAUCAGCGGAUGUUAUUUUUCUAUUUACUUUUUCUAGUUUAACUUUUUGUGGUUUUUAUCUCAAAAGCAUCUUUGUAACUGUGGGUAGGUAAACAGAUCAUCCUAAAUAAGCUACAGAAACAAUCGCAGGAGCAGCGAAUCCUAAAAUAUUGGCCUGUUGACCAGGCCUCGUCAGUCGUUCCAUCGGAUCAAUCUGUCAGUCACUCUGACAAACAAAAACAUGAAGAGCCAGACCAAAUGACCUAAUAAGUGCCAUGAGCGGUUCACUCGUCUAUCGCAAUCUUAAAACUCUUGUUGUUCUUCCUGCACCAUGAUGACUCCCACACCCUCUGCUGCCUUCAUGAUGCCUCGUCCACUCGUAUCAAGUAAUCUUCACCCCGUAUUAGAGGUGCCCCCCCACCCCCACCACCAGUAUUACCUCAGAGUGACGGUAUGGACUCACACACCCUCAGUUACAAAAGUGACAUUCAGAUUUUUAUGUUUCUCUAUUUUGUAUGUGGCUCAAAGCUACGCCCAUGGUUUAGAUGCAUACUAUCUAUUUAUCAUGUAAAUACUUUAUCUAUGCUCCUAUUAUUUAUUUAUUUGUUAUUUAUCUAUCUAUUUAUUUAUUUAUUCACUUUAUUUUGUGUAUUUAUUGAAUAAUUGCUUAUUUAUUGUCUAUUUAUUUAUUGUUUAUACAUCUUUUUUUAAAAUGAACAUCCAUUGACCUUGUAAGAUGCUGCUGAUCUUCAAAGAAAAUGUUUAUAUGCAUGAAAACUGUAGAGAGUCCAUGGGACUUAGUUCUUAAAGAGGAACAAUGUACAGAACCAGUACUAGAGGACUUCCAAUGAAUGAAUGCAGAAUUAUUUCUUUUGUUUCUGUGGCAAUAACUUAGAAAAAGCAAUUGACAUGUAAAACAAUCACAGCUGUUCUGUUUUCGUUUGACUUAAGGCAAUAAAAUGAAAUGAUGAAAACAAAACGCAAAAAUAAUGCUGACCUGGCAUAUUCCCAAAAAAAACCUAACAAAAAAAAAACUGACGAGCCUCCUACUUAAUGGAGGUUAUUGUCCUGUGUUUUCUCUCUAAAUCUCAGGCAAUAAUUAAAUCUCAGAGGUCGCUAACAUGUGUGUGGCCGUAGCCUAAAAACGUUUAAAUUUCCUACUAAGCAGACAAAAGCUGAAUAAAUGCAACAGCAAUAACAACAACGAUGGCAACGAUGAGGACAUUAACAACUGAGAACUGAUUAAAUACCUGGAAAAAUACUGUAUUAUAAUUAUUUAACCUUAAUUUUGAAAGGACAUGGUUUGGAUCACAGUAACACUAAAGUGUUUGAAUUCAGUGACCACUAAUUUAAAACGCAGGUUUAAAACUCUGAGGUGUAAAAGACAAAAAUCCCUCUAAGAUGCUUCUGCAUCCUCUUAAGCAGCACUAAUGAAAACGAUCAGGGCAUGAACUUUAUUGGCAGAGAAAGUUUUCAAGAUAGCUGCAAUAAACUGACAUGCAGGGAUGCUCUUCCAGCUCCUACUUCAUUUGUCCUGCAUCCUUCCCCUCCCCACCGGCCGUCCCAACUGCCUCUGAACAGACGCAGGCAGCAUUCGAUGUGCUGAAGUGGGAUUGGCGGAGGGUGGUGGCGUGUGGGAGGAUAACAGGUGUUUGUAGACAGACUGCAGAUAGGGAGCGUAAUUGAGUCGGUGAGCGACCUCCAAGGGGAAGGUCAAGCACCAGCAGGCAAAUGCACUGUCAGCUAUUUGCAUAUUCCAAAUGGAUGGCACCUUCGCAGUAAUGCUGAGCUCGCUCUGAACAACAAAGCUCCCAAACUGGGGGAGAAAGGGGAGCGAAGAGGAGUGUGCUCCCUCUCCUCCCUGUUUCCUAUAGAGCUACAGCUGAAUCCCUGCAUGAGAGCAUCCAAACCACCUGUCUAACGAUGAACACAGCUCGGAGCGACGCCGUGUUAUUAAACAAAUGCUCCAUUUAUUACUUCCAAAAAGAUUCUUUUAUACCUUUUCUCUUUAGCUGAGUGAGAUGAUGUGACUUGUUCUCAGUUUUAAUAAAACGGGCAGAUGCACCGAGAUCAUCAGACACACAAACGGACUGAAACCGGCAGUACUACCGAUCCACUCCCCUCCUCUUUAAGAAGGAGGAGAUUGCAAUCUACUUUUGGGAAACAUUGUUCCUCUUGUAAAUAUUAUUGUAAAUAUACCACAGCAAUAAUAUCACAAUGCAUGUAGACAUUUAAAUGCUCUUUUUCUAUUUUUUUUCUAUUAAAAAAGACAAAUACAGGUACCAACUGCAGUCUGGAUGGCCAUGUGAAUCAGGGAGUGUCUUGGCUAAGAAGCUAUCUGUUAAGAGUUCAAACAAAAACUUCCAACUCUGUGUAUUCUCAAAGAUCUGAUCAUGUUUUCCUCUUUUGUUCUUUCCUUUGUGUCGAUGUGCCCGGCUUGGCUGCGCAAUGAAAAAGUGCCAAAAAGUAUGAUUUCCAUGACAAAAGCCUUCAACAUAUGGUUGGCUCCUCGAAACCAUCCAUAUGGUCCUCAAAGAAAAAAAUGAUUAAGAUUUUCCUCUCUCUCUCUCUCUCUCACUCUCUCUCUCUCUCUCUCUCUCUCUCUCUCUCUCUCUCUCUCUCUCUCUCUCUCUCUCUCUCUCUCUCUCUCUCUCUCUGUUCCAGCUGAGUAUGAUGAAACUUAAGCCAUGAUUGCUGAGGAGUGUUUUUAAUUUCUCUUGUUCUGCUACAAUUAAUAAUGAUGACAACAAUAGCAAUGAUAACAAUAAUAAAAACAAUAGCACAAGGAA